AUGUACCCCAGUCGGUUCCCCAAAGCCAUCCCGUACGAUGAGAUGUCCACAAGCUUCAGUCCAACCAGAGAGCCACUCAGCACCCCCUCCUCUCCUCUGUCCGCCAGAGCGCCACACUGCCCCGGUCCCUGGCUGCCUGGAGGAACUUGCGCUGCCUGGGCUCGUCCAGCAGCAGCUCGCCGGAGGAGGAGGAGGCGAGAGGAGGCAGCGGAGACCCGGAGAGACGUCCCCACUCUGGCGUCCCCGCGGACAGCUGGACGCGGCGGGAUGGGCGCGCUCUCUAAAGGACGUUACCUCUCCAUGACGGGCCUCCUGCUUCUUGUUUGUUGCGCGGCACGCGUGAUCUCUAAAGGUGCCGCGGGUGAUGCUCAGCCUGACACCCUACCAUCGGUGCAGGGCACACUGCCGCACUUCAUCCAGGAGCCGGAGGACGCCUACAUAGUCAAGAGCAACCCCAUCAAGCUGCGCUGUCGAGCCGCGCCCGCCUUGCAGAUCUUCUUCAAAUGCAACGGAGAGUGGGUGCACCAGAAUGAGCACUUCUCCCACGAGUAUAAAGACCUCAACACCGGGCUGAAGGUGCGCGAGGUGAUGAUCAACGUGUCCCGUCAGCAGGUUGAAGAUUUCCAUGGCCCCGAGGACUACUGGUGUCUGUGUGUGGCCUGGAGCCACCUCGGCACCUCCAAGAGCCGCAAGGCUACUGCCCGCAUCGCCUACCUGAGGAAAAACUUCGAGCAGGACCCCCAGGGGAAGGAGGUGCCAAUCAAUGGGAUGAUCGUGCUGCACUGCCGCCCUCCGGAGGGAGUGCCUAUGGCGGAGGUCGAAUGGCUAAAAAACGAGGAGCUGCUGAGCUCCCUGACUGAUGACAACAUCGACACCCGAGCCGACCACAACCUCAUCAUCAACGAGGCGCGCCUGUCCGACUCGGGCAACUACACCUGUCUGGCCAGCAACAUAGUGGCAAAGCGACGCAGUGCCACGGCCACUGUGAUAGUCUUCGUGAACGGCGGCUGGUCCCUGUGGACGGAGUGGUCGGCGUGCAAUGUGCCAUGUGGGCGCGGCAUCCAGAAGCGGUCUCGAACCUGCACCAACCCAGCUCCCCUGAACGGCGGUGCUUUCUGCGAGGGCAUGUCGGUACAGAAGAUCAGCUGCAACGCUCUAUGUCCAAUUGAUGGAGGCUGGGACGAGUGGAGUGAGUGGACCAUAUGCAGCAGUCAGUGCGAGAAGCAGCGGAGUCGGGAAUGCAACUCGCCUGCACCCAGACACCGAGGCAAGAUGUGUGAAGGGAGCGGCGAGGCCACUGAGAACUGCACAGAUGGACUGUGUACCCAGAAUCGAAAGCUGCUACAUGACGUUAAACCUCAAAGUAUGGACGGCUCCAAUGAUGUAGCGCUGUACUCGGGCCUGGGAGCCGGCAUCAUUGCAGUGGCAAUCCUUGUGGUGGCCGUCAUGCUCUACAGGAAGAACCACAGCGAGUACGGCGUGGACGUCAUCGACUCCUCUGCCCUCACAGGAGGGUUCCAGUCUUUCAACUUCAAAACCACCAGACAAGGCAACCCACUGCUUCUCAACUCCUCGAUGCAGCCUGACCUAACGGUGGGACGGACGUACAGCACUCCCCUCUGCUUCCAGGACAACACGGACAAAGAGCUCUUUGACCCCCUGCCAGACAUCAAGGUCAAAGUUCAGAGCUCCUUUAUGGUCUCGCUGGGUGUGGCUGAGCGGGCAGAGUUCCACGCAAAAGCUCCCGCCGAGACCUUCCCGCGAGACCUGAGCCGGGAUUACAGCAGCACCAUGGACAGACGCAAGAAGGGCCUGCUCACGCUCAAUGGACCCAUCAGCUCCAGGAAAGAGCAGCUGAGGACCACGGGUGUGUUCGGCCACCCCGGAGGACGCCUGGUGGUGCCAAACACCGGGGUCAGCCUGCUGAUGCCUCAUGGAGCCGUGGCUGAAAACAUGUCCUGGGAGAUGUACAUGGUGAUCAAUCAGGGAGAAGCAAGUGUCCAAACGCUGGAAGGCUGUGAAAUCCUUCUGGGCCCAGAGGUGACAUACGGUCCUCCAGGCCUGGACCUCUUCUGCCCAGUGGCCAUGACCAUCGCUCACUGCGCCGAGGUGGACGCCGAGAACUGGAACAUCCAGCUUAAGAGGAAAACCCAGGACAGCAAAUGGGAGGAAGUGAUGUCGAUAGAGGAGGAGUCCACUUCCUGUUACAGCCUAAUGGACUCAUCGAGCUGCCACUUGCUGCUGGACCAGCCGGGCUCGUACGCCCUGGUGGGCGAGCCUCUGACGCAGGCUGCCGUCAAGAGGUUGAAGCUGGCUGUGUUUGGGAGCAUGGAGGCCGGCUCCAUGAACUACAGCCUGCGGGUGUACUGUGUGGACGACACACCACACGCCUUUCAGGGAGUGGUGGCAGCAGAGAAGACCAGAGGGGGUCAGCUCCUCGAGGAGCCAAAGAUGUUGCCUUUCCGAGCGAACACCUUCAGCCUCCAGGUGUCCAUCCAGGAUGUUCCCCAGUUCCUGUGGAAUAUCAAACCCUUUACCACAUGUCAGGAAUUCUCCUUCCCCCAAGUUUGGUGCAGCAACCAGCAGCCCCUGCACUGUGCCUUCUCUCUGGAGAGAUACAGCCCCGCCACCACCCAGCUCUCCUGCAAAAUCAGCGUGCGCCAGGUCAAGGGCCACGAGCAGAUUCUGCAGGUCUACACGGCCGUGGACGAGACUGAAAAGGAGUCGGUUCCAUUUUUUAUGCAGACAGACUGCACCAUCACAUCCCAGACGGGGCCCAAGGCUUUCAAAAUCCCCCUAUCCAUCCGCCAGAGGAUCUGUGCCACCUUCGACACUGCCAACGCCAAGGGCAAGGACUGGCAACUCUUAGCCCAGAAACUCCACUUAGACCGAAACCUGGGUUAUUUUGCAAAGCAGCAGAGCCCAUCUGCAGUCAUACUGAGCCUGUGGGAGGCUCGCCAUCAGGACACUGCUGACCUUGACUCUCUAGCCAGCGCCCUGGAGGAGAUUGGCAAGAUCCACUCCAAAAGCCCCCCCAAGGACGGGGAUGAGCCGGAGUCUGACUUCAAUCACAUAGAGGCUGGCAGUCUGUGUGGAACAGGCAAACUAACGGGCGAGAAGACAGAGGACUCUGCUCCUGAAUAUACAGGCUGAGGGAAAAGAGGCCGCAAGUGCAAACUGACAAACAUGUAUCUGUGCACGUGCACGGCCAGUGAUGGACAACACACUGUGGCAGUCCGCUGGAAGGUCAUGAGGUCGUCGGUGAGUAGACAGUGGCAAUCAGCCGACCCGUCACAAUGGGUCGAGGCGAGCCGAUGCCUGCUGUGGAUCUACUCCCCCUCCUUUAGGAUGGACUGUACAUUUUCUUUUUCGUCCACCUUUCCACUCAAGUUCUGGGUUAAAUAUAUACUGAAAUGUUCUUUAUUUUAAGUUUUGCCCUUUACAUUCAUAUCGAGCUUAGAGGGGGAGUGGGAGAGGAGGAGGAGAAGGAAAAGGAGAAGGAAAAGGGGUGGUGGUGGUGUCCGUAAUUUAGUGAAUCUGUGUGAUUAGAGAUGGGAGCUCCUUUUCCCGCGGAACUGCCCCUGCCAGCUCCCCUAGCCAGCUGGACAUACUUGCAUAAAAGUUAUUAUAUGCAAAGAAGGUAAUACAACUGUGGCAUCAUUUUACAGUUGCCUGUGUUUAUCUAAUUUCUUUUAUCCCUCUAAAUCAUAUAUCUGAGUAAAUGAGGACUCAGAGUUUACUUUUGUGACGUCUAGUAUUAUAAGUUUCAAAGGAAGCUGCUGAUUGCUUAAAUGUUGUGAUUGUGAACUUUUAAAGCCAAGUAUCUUGAAAUUCACCAGUUUGCAUCCCUUAUGAAAUAAAGAUCCAACAGAUAUAUAGUAAUUUGGAACUUCUGAUAGACAAACCAGUGUUACAUCAUCAUUUAUAGAGAUAAAAAAAAUCUGUAUCCAACCCAGUCCAACCUUGAAAGAUGGCACAUGCAGAUGUAACUAUGUGUGCGCAAGGAAAAUAAAAAAAGCAUAGUUGUGAGUGUGGCAGAGUGAGAUUUCAACCCGUGACAUUGCAGUUCAUUACAGUUUCCUCUACCAGUAGAUAGAGCAUGAGGAAGCUGUAAAAAAUAAUUCCCUGGCAUCGCCACACCUUAUCACCCAACUCCCACCGCUAACACUCGUCACAUACUCCUCAUAUCAUUCUAUAACACACCCAAACGCCCAACCAUCACCACAAACCCCUCACUGCAUUUCCACAUUUCAUGUGCACGUGAACUGGGACUAUAAAACAAACCAACGGGAAGGGAAUACAGUACAACACAGAGUCACAUACGUGUUCAAAUCAACACUAAGCAUACAUCGUCAUGAAGGAGUAAUAAAUAGCAAAUUGCCACCAGGAGACUCUUGGUGUGUCUCUAUUCGGGGGCUUCAUCCUUCAGAGGCUGCAUUUGAAGACGGACUGCGUCACAGCAGCGCAACUAAACUGUCCCAUGUUGAACCUUUCUUCAAAUUUCAUCCCCGACGAACGAAGGCUCCGAUGGGUGGGUCCUUCCCGGCCCAACCUAUCCCAGGAUUCACUGCACUUCAAUGACAAACAGUUUUUCGAAAAGUUAAUGGCACCAGCAAGCGAGCUCAAGUAUCACUCUUCAACUCAACUGAACAGUGCACUUUAAAAAAGAAAAAGGAGCAUUAAAACUGUCUCGUCAUGUCAAAAAUCCGAAACUUUGAAUCUCACUCCCUGGCUUUGUUAAUUGUACCCAUCUGAAGCAGUCAGUGAUUCAACGACACAAGAGUUAGGUCCAUUUCUGGUUUUGAUGACACUUUGGUUCUAGCAAAUUAAAGAACGGCCUGCAUCAGCAAUCUGUACCAGUGGCAUCACGGCACUAAAUCUUUUUAUUGCAUUAGUACAAGUAAUACUAUGACGUGAUUAACAUUAUAUUGUUUGUUGUUAAAGGACUCAAGUCUGAUGAGCCGUGUACGAUUUACUGCUGAGCCAAGGCAGGAAACAGGAAGGAGGUCACGUCUCAGCAGGGGGACUUGAUACACUGUGUCAACUGUGCCAAUAUGGCGGCAAUUUGGAUUUGAUGCUGUCAAAGAUGAAUGGAUGUUGUGCAAAAUAAAAACAUGAUCUGAUGCACAGUUGUCCUCCUGAUUGUGGAACAGCUUCACCUCUGCUUCUACUUAUUUAGUGUUAAGACACAGUAUAGUGCGACAGUUUACAGGUCCAGGCCGUUGUGCGGGGCAAUGCUACAUGACACUCAUUGUGAUGGUGUUCAAAAUCAAUCAGAAAAAACAAAUGAAGUCAUACAACACUUUCUAUAAACAAUUCACAUUUAAAACCUAGAAGGGUUCUCUGAGAGCACACACCUUCAAAGCUAAUGACCUUUCUCGCCAGUGUUUCCCAUCAUAUGGCCCACCAAAUUCUACUUUGCCCUGCCACAGUUCUCAUAAUAAUGUAAGAGAUCUCCCACUUGGUGUUUUUCUCCAUUGCAGCUGAAACUAUGAGGUGUGACAACAAAAUUCCUUGAUAUGCCCAUUGAUUUGGAUCUGUACCAACAUUUUAUUGGUUCUGUCCUGACCCAUACCAUCUCCUUCCAUUAAGUUAGCUAACUAACAAAUUGACAAACAAAAUGAAAAUAUAACCUCCUUGCUGAAGGUCAUUAAGGCUACAUCCACACUACUGCGUUUCUGUUUGAACCUAAAACGAAUUGUCCACACCAUCGCUGUGGCUCCAUAUUGGUUUUACACCUUGUCCAUACUAACACGCCUGCUAACACAUGUUUCAAAUCACGCACACUAGGCAUGUGUGUCCCAAUGGACGCAGGAACUGUCGCCGAUUGCUUGAAUAAUAGCUUGUGUCCUAGUAAUGUGUAAUGAGUAAUAUUGCAAAAUGCAGUAUUCCACUACAACUACAGGGUUGUCAUUGCUAUCAGCUGCUUGUAGUUGAUUAUCCUUGUUGCAUUCUAAACUGGUAACCGAGGCUGAUUAAUGCCUGUGGUGGGAUAGGAGCCUGAAGAACCAGCAAAGAGAAUUGUGUGACCCAAAAAAACAAUCAGCAAGCAGUUGUGAGUUCCUAUUAUUGUUCCCAAACAAAUAUGUUUCUGCCCAACCAGACAAAACGCUGACCCGCAGUUUCAAACUAAAACGGGGCCAGCAACAUUUCCAAACUUACUACAGAGUGGUGUGAAUGCCAUGUAUAUCUGUAGUAGACUUAAUGUGUUUUCAAAGGAAAACUUAGUUGUGUGGAAGUAGCCUAAGUCUGUUCAUACAAAUAAUUCAGUGUAAAUUCACAUGGGAGCUGUAGAGUUUUUCACAAAGUAAACAUUGUUUAACUUUGUAAAAAUCCCAAUGGCUUCAAUUUCGAACAGCAGUGGGUUCUGAUUCAGAAUGUAAACCUCGGGAAAAAGGAACACAAUCCAUUAUUCGGAUGCAAGAAAUGCUGACUGGGACAUUUGUAUUGAGUUACUGGAGCCAGUGGAACAGAGGCUCACCGACCUUGGCUCUCGAUAAGAUAAUGUUGGUCCAGAGCAGCAGAGCAGAGGGACACAGGACUUAUUACAUUAAUGUUGGUCUCGAUAAGGAAGACAUUUUGUCACUACACAAAACUUGCUAAAGGAUGACAGAUUUGAUUUGACCUCAGUUUUGUGUUGGUAACACAGCGCUAGCAUUCACAGGUCACUUUUUUUUUUUUAAAUAGUGUUUUUUCGCCAACAUGUUAUUAUCUUGUUUUUACAAGUUAUAAUGUCAUGGCCAAAAAAUAAACAAACAUGUAGCAGCCAGAACUUAUCUUGAGGCCACUUAUUUUUGUCCCAGUUGUGAACAGGGGGUAUUCAUACUAAAACCUGUCUAACUCUACUUUAAUGAGGCUCUCGUGAUUUUCACAUGUUUUACUAUUGAUAUCUAGAGGUUUUGGGCUACAACUGCAUGAUUUCACAGGGGAUGCUUCACUCUAAAGGUUUCUCAUUUUGUAAGACGGAAAUUGACUUUCAUUUUACAGGGCUGUAAGACAUGAGAUUCAUUCAGUCCCAUGAGAGUGAAAGAUCAGCAGUUGCAAAUAAAGCUGCUCAGUUCACCGUGCACCAAAAACAUGAAUGCGUUCAUUGAACAGGGCUCUUUGAGCACGUUCAUGCACUGCACUGCUGGUUAACGUCAGUGAUCCUUGUGGUAAGAGUGUGACAUUACCCAAUAUUACCAAUAACUUAGUAGGUAAAUCAGAUUAAUAUUCACCGUAUUGGAUCCAUGUGCAUUUAUGAUAAAUGUGGUACAAAUUAACUUAUGGUCUUCGAGAUGGAUUCUUCAUUGGGACACACUGCAUGUUAUGUUGAAGAGCCCAGUUGAGCCUAGUCUUUGCUUUAUCCACACCUGGGCCAAUUUUGCCUCAGAAUACCGCGUUUCUUUCAACCUCCGAGCUGAUUCUCUGAAUUUCUACUGCAUAAUGCAGCCAGCUGGAAGGAGACUCUGUGGUUUUUGUCGAGAGAUCUAAAUGAAUUUUGAUUUUGUCCCGAUGGUUUAUCAGAAACGAUACAGUGAUUUUAAACACACCACUGAGGGUUACUGACAUUAUAUAUGUGAAUGCUUUUUUUCUGCCCUGAUGAAGAACCAUUCUUUUUAUCUCUCUCCGUCAUCUCCAUCCAUUUAUAAUCCGAUUAUACUCAUCUUUUAAGUGAUUUAAACUGGUAAGUGAAGAAUCAUUGUUUUCCUGGAUAGGAUCGCUACCCUUAUUGUGACUAACUGGAUUCUGCUUCUCUUACCUGCAAGCAAAGAGUGUCAAAAAAUGGAAAUGUGUGCUUUUUUUAUCGCUUCGCAGUGGCCUAUGUUGCAUCAAGAGCUCCCUGUCUGUGCGGUACCCAUCAUCACACCCAGCUCUCACCUUCCUCCUGGAUGUGUUUCAGCUAUGUCUACUCAUGAACCUGUUGAAAUUCUGUUUUUUAAAAAGUGAACUCAGACACAAACGUUCACAAACAUGUUCUCACUAUGUGCGUAUAAUGCUUUGGUGUAAGACUUAACCCUGUUCAUGAGACAAAAAUCUCACUGUUAUUGCGCCCAUGAUAUUCUGUCACCUGAGUUGGUGGGACCCAUGCGCUUCUUCUUAGCUCAAUGCAUGGCCUAUGGCUUCAUAUCACUAUUCUUGUGCCUUGUUUAACUACUGUAAAUGGUGAAUGUUGUAAAGGACAGAUGGGGAUGAAAAAAAAAACUGAACAUUUAAUCAUACUGACACACAUUUAAAGGUAUUAGUUGAAAAGUAUUUAAGAUUAUAAUAUUGAAUAGGCUGCAGAGCUUUUCUAGUGCUGAACAUCUGUUUGGUAAUGCCAGGGCAGCUUUGUGGUAUAUUGUAUCUAUAAUUAUGGACAUUUUGGAUGUUUUCUGUACAGUAGAAUUUGCAAAUGUAUAUGCAGCCUUUUGGAAAUAAAUGUACAGUUGAAAGAU